AAAAAAGCGCAAAUUUGAAGCUUAUGGGGCACACAGAACCACGGUGCCGUCUGCCUGGCCUCUAAUCGCAGGUUUGAGCGAACUAGGGAAUAAAAACCAACUGGAUCAUCAACCAGUCCGAGUUCUCAUCUAUCUUCCUUCCCUUGUCAAGGUUUGGAUCAUCUGUAUAAACCUAGGGGUUCUAUCCAUUGCCAUAAGAUGGCAUCGAGGAUAUCCGAUCCGGAGCAGCCUAAGAUCUCGCUGUUAUCUAGGAUUUUCAAGCAAGAUCCCACAAAGAUUGACAAUGAUAACACAAGGGAGCAUCUGAUCGAUGGGGAUAGCUCAAAGCAGAGUUACUCACUCAGGGCAGCGAUUCUUCCAUUUUUUUUCCCAGCUCUUGGAGGACUGCUGUAUGGCUAUGAUAUUGGUGCUACGUCUGGUGCUACAAUCUCUUUGGAGUCUGCUAACUUGAGCGGAACAACAUGGUACAAUUUGAACUCUCUGGAAAUUGGAUUGGUGGUCAGUGGCUCUUUAUAUGGGGCAUUAGUUGGUUCUUCUUUGGCAUUUGCUGUUGCUGAUUAUUUAGGGAGACGACGGGAGCUAAUGUUUUCCUCUCUAGCAUAUCUCGUUGGAUCAUUAUUAACUUCACUGGCUCCCAACUUUCCUGUUAUGGUGAUUGGUCGCCUGUUAUAUGGUAUUGGAAUUGGACUGGCCAUGCAUGCUGCUCCAAUGUACAUUGCGGAGACAGCCCCUAGCCAGAUUCGUGGCACAUUGAUUUCCUUGAAGGAGUUCUUCAUAGUUAUAGGAAUGCUUUUUGGCUACAUAUCCAGUAGUCUCUAUGUUGAUAUUGUUGCGGGAUGGCGUUAUAUGUAUGGUACUAGUGUCCCUGUUGGCCUUAUUAUGUGUUUUGGAAUGUGGUGGUUGCCACCAUCUCCUCGUUGGCUGCUAUUGUGUGUCAUACAGGGAAAAGGAAACAUUUCAAGUGUAAGAACAACUGCUAUUUCUUGUUUGUGCCGGCUAAGAGGUCAAUCUAUCGAUGACAAAGCUUCGGAUGAAAUUGAUGCCAUUUUGCAUGAGAUUUCUCAUGAUGGUCAACAAAGGCAAACAACAUUUUGGGAGAUCUUUCGAGGAAAGUGUUUGAAAGCCCUUUUUAUUGGUGUUGGAUUGCUCUUUUUUCAGCAGGUCACAGGGCAACCAAGCGUUUUAUAUUAUGCUGCAAAAAUCCUCCAGAGUGCAGGGUUCUCUGCAGCCUCAGAUGCCACCCGUGUUUCAGUUCUUCUAGGUUUAUUGAAGCUGGCCGCAACUGGAGUAGCUGUUCUGGUGGUGGAUAGGCUUGGCCGGAGACCCUUAUUAAUCGGAGGUGUUAGUGGAAUCGCAUUCUCAUUGUUCCUGUUAUCAUUGUAUUACACAAUAUUGAAGGAUUUACCUGCAGUAGCUGUAGUUGCCUUACUAUUGUACGUGGGAAGCUAUCAGUUGUCAUUUGGUCCCAUUGGUUGGCUGAUGAUCUCAGAGAUUUUUCCGUUAAGAAUAAGAGGGCGUGGGUUGAGCAUUGCGGUCCUUGUAAACUUUGCCACAAAUGCUUUGGUGACAUUUGCUUUCUCACCUUUACAGGAAUUGGUGGGAACGGGUAUCCUCUUUGCUGGUUUUCUAGUGCUUGCUCUCAUAUCGCUAGUCUUUAUUCUCUUCUUUAUACCAGAAACCAAAGGCCUUACUCUGGAGGAGAUAGAGGCCAACGUCUUAUAAUCUCUCAUUUACCCACCAUUAUCCUUGGAUGACUUUUAAGGAUAAUAUUAAGGGUUGUAAUGAUAUUAUUACAUACUGUAUAUAAUUUAUGUAUAAUAAAUUAAUGAUAAUGUGUUUGUGAGAUAAUAUACCUUAAUACAGUCUUGUAUAUG